AUUAUUACAAAUGUUUCUCAAGCAAAUGAGAAGCCAGUUACUUAUUAGAAGCAGAUUGAAAUGAAAACAGCUUUGGGCCCUUUCAGAAAUCUACUUGCAAAUCCACGUAGUGAACUUGGCUUUUGGCUGUCAUCCCCUUUAAAGGCACUGGGGCUCUUCGGUCGUCCCGCCUGAAGGUCUGUCUCGACGCUCUGAAAGGAAGAGCGAUUUCUUUCUUCUUCCUUGACUACCUGUUUAUUGGGGUCUCCUACCAGAGUCGCAUCGUACUAGCGAGGGCCAAAGAUGCUCAUCCCGAGAAGGAGGUGGGUUUCGGAUGGCGAAAUCCAGUUAGGAGGCGGCGGUCGGUAACCAGCCGGGGGCGCUACAGCUGCGAAUAAGGGCGGGCCGCUUGCGCUCGCCAGGAGAACCCCGCAGGCUGGAAACGGAACAGAGACAUGUCGGAGCGGCGUUGAGGAAGCUGCCUCGGCUUCGCAGCCCCGGGAGCGAAGUGGGCGGCUCAGGGCUACGACGGAGGAGCCAGCUGCGUUCGUUCCCGCAGGCCCCGUCGCCAAAGAAGCGGGAAGAGAACAGCCGCCGGAGUGGGCGGUGGCAGCAAAGGAAGUGGCGGCGGCAGGGGCAGGCUGAAUCCCUCCCCGGGAAGAUGAGGCAGAGGCCCGGGGAGCUUAGCGGGCUGAGGUGGGGCGCUUUCCUCACAGCCGCCAGGACAAGAUGGCAGCGGCUGAGGAGGCGGCGGCAGCAGCAGAAGCAACAGCAGCAGCCCGGGGUUGAGUCGGGCCUGGGAGGCGCCUCCUUAUAGUAGCUCUCCGGUCAUGCCGAGGGCUGAGGCGGCGGCGGCUGCGGGGAGUCCAGCGCUGCCCGAUCUGUGAAGCUCUUCCCGGGAUUUGGGUUUUGCCUCGUUUUCGCGGCCCAGAACGCUCCAAAUGAAGCUGUCCCGAAGAGGCGAGUCGGUUUGAGAAAAGUCGGGGGAAUCUGGCUUUUGCCGUUUGCCAGAAGAAGAGCAAAAUCUGCCCUUAAGCAGGUAUGGCCUCACAAGUCUUGGUCUAUCCAUCAUAUAUUUAUCAAACUCAGCCAAGUGCCUUUUCUAAUGUGAAGAAACUGAAAGUGGAGCCAAGUAGUUGUGUAUAUCAUGAAAGAGCCUACCCACAGCUCUAUUUGAAUGGUAACAAUUUUGGAAUCACUCAGCCUCCCAGUAGGGGUGGUACUUUCUUGCAAGCUACAAAUAUAUUUGACAGACCUCAAAGAGAGACUUUUUUGUUGCAGACCAGCACUGUUGGUUUAAAAACUAUUGCAGGUGCUACAAAAAUCUUAGCAGUGCAGGCACAGCAACCUCAAGUGGAAGCACCUUGGUCUGGGACACAGGAAAGUGAGUUGACCAUCUUGGACCGUCCCCAGCAAUGUGGAUUAAAGCGUAAGAGUGAAGAGUUAGAAAACCAGAGUGGCGCAAUGCAGAUUGUUGAUGAACUGCCUAUAUUGCCUGCUAUGUUGCAAACAAACUUGGGGAACCCAAUGACAGUUAUGACAACUACUGCAGCUUCAAAACCAAAUGGUACCAGUGGUGAUGGAGAUUAUCAGUUAGUGCAGCAUGAGGUAUUAUGUUCUGCGAAAAAUACUUAUGAGGUUCUUGAUUUCCUUGGGCGAGGGACUUUUGGUCAAGUCGUAAAGUGCUGGAAAAGAGGGACAAAUGAAAUAGUGGCAAUCAAAAUCCUGAAGAACCACCCAUCUUACGCACGCCAAGGACAAAUAGAAGUGAGCAUAUUAGGAAGAUUAAGUACAGAGAAUGCCGACGAGUUUAAUUUUGUGAAAGCCUAUGAGUGCUUUCAACAUCAUAACCAUACUUGCUUAGUUUUUGAGAUGUUGGAACAGAAUUUGUAUGAUUUUCUGAAACAAAACAAAUUUAGCCCUCUUCAGCUAAGGGUAAUUCGGCCUAUUCUGCAACAGGUGGCCACUGCACUGAAAAAAUUAAAAAGUCUUGGUUUAAUACAUGCUGACCUCAAACCAGAAAAUAUUAUGUUGGUGGAUCCAGCACGGCAGCCUUACCGAGUUAAGGUAAUUGACUUUGGAUCUGCUAGUCAUGUAUCAAAGACAGUCUGUUCAACAUACUUGCAAUCUCGCUAUUACAGAGCACCAGAAAUCAUAUUGGGUUUGCCGUUCUGUGAAGCCAUAGACAUGUGGUCAUUGGGCUGUGUGAUUGCUGAACUAUUCCUUGGAUGGCCACUAUAUCCAGGAGCCCUUGAAUACGAUCAGAUUCGCUACAUUUCACAAACACAAGGAUUGCCUGUGGAGCAAUUAUUGAAUCUUGGAACGAAGACCACACGAUUUUUCUGUAGAGAAAAAGAUGCACCAUAUUCUGGUUGGAGAUUAAAGACACUGGAAGAACAUGAAGGUGAAACAGGUAUGAAAUCCAAAGAAGCCCGGAAAUACAUUUUCAACUGUUUGGAUGAUAUAGUGCAUGUGAACAUGGUGAUGGAUCUAGAAGGAAGUGAUCUUUUGGCAGAGAAAGCGGACAGAAGAGAGUUUGUCAGCCUUUUAAAGAAAAUGCUGUUGAUUGAUGCUAACUUGAGAAUCACUCCGGUUGACACACUGAGCCAUCCUUUCGUUACCAUGAAGCACCUCCUUGAUUUUCCUCACAGCAACCAUGUGAAAUCGUCUUUUCAUAUCAUGGAUGUUUGCAAGUACCGGUCAAAUUCAUAUGAGAUAAGCAAUUGCAAUAAAACAAUACAUUUGGGACCAGUUGCUGCAAGCAACGCACUAGGUCUGAUGCCUAAUUUCACCAAGAUUGGCGCAGUACAGAACCAGACAUUAGCUGCAACAGGACAUGCAGUUAUGCAUCCUGGAAUACCCUUACAGGCAGGAACUGCUCAGUUUGGUUGCAGUGAUGCUUUUCAUCAAACAUUGAUUAUAUGCCCCCCUGCUGUCCAAGGGAUUCCUGCUAAUCAUGGGAAAACUAAUGGGUACUCUGUGAGAGUAGAUAAUGCAGUGCCAUUGGUAACACAGGCCCCAACCUUACUCCAAAUAAGAGGAGUCCUCUCUCAGACAUGGUCUAAUAGAAGUCAGCAACUAUUGUUUCCUACAUGGCAACACAUAACUUCUGUGGCUCCUGCUACAACACUGGCUUCUGAUUCUGUGGCUGGCCCACAGAGGCUUGGAGAAUGGGGAAAGAUGAUUCCUCAUGGUAACCAUUAUAACUCAGUGAUGACCCAGCCAUUCUUAACCAAUCAAAUAACUUUAUCUGCUCCUCAGCCAAUCAGUGUGGGCAUUGCACAUAUAGUUUGGCCUCAACCCACACCUACCAAGAGAAAUAAAGCAAGGAAUAAUACACUGCAAAAUACCAAUAUCCAAAAUUCGGCAUUUGUAUCUCCAAAGAUAAUUAAUAUGAAGGCUGAUGAAAAACUAAGUUUGGUAGAAUCGCAGGACAAUCAUAAUUCAGAGAGGCAGGAAAACAGCUAUUGUAUGCCAUCUGUCAGGCAGGUUCCUGACCCAUCUGUUUCAAACAAGCAGCGCCAGGCUAUCAUCAUUGCAGAUUCCCCAAGUCCAGCAGCCAGUGUGAUUACCAUCAGCAGUGACACAGAUGAAGAUGAUGCAAUGCAGAGGCAUUCAGUUGCAGAAUGCAAAGGAAGUCUUGAUUGUGAAGCUUGCCAGAGUACACUAAAUAUUGACCGUGUGUGUUCAUUGAGUAGUCCUGACAGCACUUUGAGCACAAGCUCUUCUGGGCAGUCAAGUCCAUCCCCUUGUAAGAGACGUAACAGCAUAUCAGAUGAUGAACAGGAAAGCGGCUGUGAUAUUGUGGAUGGUUCCCCCAGUUCUGACUCUUCAGGCCAUGACAGCCCAUUUAUAGCAAAUCAUUUUUCAGAAGCCUCCAAUAAAAAAACAGAAACCAGAGCCUCUGCUAACCUAGAAGCCAAACCAACUGUAUGCACUGUAGUUGUGCCACCAAUAAGGAUACAGAACAGGUUAAAUGUAGACGGGCAAAUGACAAACUCAGUUAAUACCUGCCAACCGCUGGUAAAACGUCGAUCUGCUCGUGUAAAAACCAACCAUUCUUCUGGCUUGGGUAAUCGUCAGCGAAAAUUUAUGUCAGCAUUCCAUCAGCAGCAUUCAAACCUCAGUCGAGUUCAGCCAUUUGGAUCUGGGUCUCAGGAGUGGAAUGGAAAUUGUGGUCAUUGGAGGCAGCAGACAUUCAUCCCAAAUAAUGUUGCUGGUCAUGCAUUCUCUCUUCCACAUGGAAGUCCCACUCAUACUUCAGUUCAUGCACAAUUGGCUGGAAAUACACAUCUUGGAGGACAGCCUGCAAUUCUACCUUACCCAUCAUCUGCAUCCCUCAGUACUGCUGCACCUGUGGCCCACAUUUUUGCAUCACCAUGUACCUCAAGACCAAUAUUACAUCAUCCCAGUUACAGUAUUUCUCAUCACGGUGGCAUAAUUCAUCAGAUCCCGGUGGGCAUAAAUCCCAGACUACUGCCUUCCCCAAACAUUCAACAGACUCGAUAUAAACCAAUUUUCCCACCACAUUCUUACAUUGCAUCACCUGCUUACACAGGAUUUCCACUGAGUCCAACAAAACUCAGCCAAUAUCCAUUUAUGUGAGACUCAAAUUACAGUAUGCUGUCAAAGCUCAGAUAAAUAUAUAUAUAUAUAUAUAUAUAUAUAUAUAUAUAUAUAUAUAUAUAUAUAUAUAUAUAUAUAUAAAUACAUACAUACAUAUAUAUACACACAGAUAUAUAGAAAGAUAUGUGAUUUGAGAGGAAAACAUGGUAUUUAAUAAAUAUUAGCCAUGGCACAAGAAAAUUAUUUUUUUUAAUCAUGUUAGACUUGGGUGCAAUUUAAAUAACCUUGAGCUUUAACUCACUUUUAAUGUGUUUUGCACAUUUGAUAUAAAUUUGUCUUUAGUCAUGUUACCUUCUUACGAAAUAACUCCAAACAGGUGACUUAAGGGGGUAAAAAUUCAGUUUUGCUCCUACUAUUUUUAUAAAAUUGCCUUCUGAUCUAGUGCGAGGCACUUCUACAUUUGGGAAGCCAUUGAGUGUACAGGUUUAGAGCAACAGAUGCACAUGUCAUCAGUAUCAUGUAUGAGUAACUUGUUUGUAUUAUGUAUCUUGAUGUUCUGUGUUGAAUCACAUACCUAAAAAGGUUGAACUGUUCUCCACAUUGCAUGUGUCCCUUGCAUGGACAAAAAUGCAGUUGCCUAGAAAACUGCUCUUAAAUGUUGGUGUCCUGAUAAUCUCAGCUGCAUUGUAAACCGGUUCCCACAUAGUGCCUUAAAUAUUCAAGGUUGUUAAUGUCACUGCGUUAUAAAUGUUGAGGACUGCAGCACUUAACACUCAGAUUUGUUGAUUCUUUGAUAGAUUAAUGCACGCUCACUAACUUUCUUUUUUGUUGUGCGUGGUAUGAUUUUAGUACUGGGUGAGAUUUCUUUUUUGGAAAACAGCAUGCGUUGCUGUUAAAUGAAUUCCGCUGUCUGAUAGUUUUCCUUAAAAUAAGCUUCAAGAAAAAGCAUUUUGUAGUGUUUAGGAAAAGUUGAUUCAUUAGCUUGUUGAAUUUUUUAAAAAUGGUGUUUUAUACUGUCUGGUGGAACUGCAAUACAAUCUAAAGUAGUUUAUUUUCAAAGUGUUUUAUAUCCAACUGGAUUUAAUAACCUGUUUAAAGGUAUAGUAAGAAUUAUCUGGGUAGAUAGCGAAAGAAAAUAAAAGCAAAAUGCUUGUUGAUUCAUACUGUGGUUUCAUCUUAGCUUGAGCAAACCAUACAGUAUUUAAUAAAUAGUAGCAGAAUAUUUACUGUUGAAGCUUGAAAUGAUGUGAGUACUUUUUGUGCAAUUUUUCAUUUAUGCAUGGGAGAGGUUUUAGCUUUUUUACAUUAUGGUAUUUGUUCUAGAGUUUGGGGAGUAUUUCCUUAUUUAAAUACAUUCCAUCAGGGACAACAGAUGACAUGCAUUUUCCCUAGGUAGUCAAUCUGUGUUUUUUUUUAGUUCAAAUGAAAUUGCUUUUGCAGCACCAAAGACUUAAUCAUCCAUUUUCUAUAAAAGGUAGCUACUUUUUUCAUAGACCUCAAAUAUACUGUAGUGCUAUCGUGGAUUUAAAGGAAGUGAGGCUGUGAUCUAGCUUGUGAGGCAAAUAAUAAAUUGCAUCAUUUAUCUUGAAUGUAUCAUAGAUAAGCUGCUAUAUAAUGAUUGCCACUUCAAAUAGCUGUGAAAUUAGGUGAUUUAACUAGUUUUUAGCCUUCUAAUUUCUGUAUAAGUCUAAUUACAUGAAAUGGAAGUAGAGGGUUGGUUUUGUUUUGUUUCCUUUCAUGUUUGGAGUGUUGUAACUACUAUAUUGUAAAUGAUGGAAAACAAUUUACAUAUGUUACUUUGAGUGUGUUAUUUGCAUCAGUAUUUUAUCUCUAUUAACUAUCAUUGCAUAUAAGUGGCUGUAUUCAUGUAAUAUAAUUUUUAUGUGUUCAUAUUGACAUUGUGCAGACGCUUAAACUACUUACUUACCUUUUUAAAUAAAUGUUCCUGGAAUACGGUUCUUACAGCAUAGACUGGAAUAGGAGUGGAAAGAGUUUCUUUCAAGCACAAUCCUAAGCAUGUUUAUUUAAAAGCGAUCCCACUGACUUAAGUGGGGCUUGCUUCUAGGAAAGUGUGCAUAAGAUUGAAGCCUGAGUAGUCUAGUAGUUGAAAGAGUUUUUUUUUCCUUUGCUCCAUUAACAUAAGCAGUGUUUUAUUUAAUGAAUGUCUAAUUGAAAUAAAUGUGCCUGCAUCUGAAAUAUAGCAGUAUUAGUUCAUUAAAAAAAGAAAACCAAGACCAGCAGUACAUUGUAAUGACCGAACAUGGUAAUAAAUUCUCUCUUUCCCAUUAUGCUUGAGCUACAAUCAGAGCGCAACAGCUCUGUGGGGCCAGUGGGGGCAGUUUUGCCCCCUGCCUUAUCAAGCAAAAGCACUUCUGAAAUACUGAAAAGAUUAAAAACCAGUUUGUGGAAUUGAAAGAAUUGCUACUGAAAGAAAAAAAAAGACUCAGUAGGCCCAUAUUAGUCAUUGAGUGUACCCAAAGGAGUAUGCUGGAUUUCAACUUCAGUGAUUUCUCACAGAUAAUUGUAUGCAUUUUGUAUAAACAGACUUCUCUUUCUGUAUGUAUCUCUCUUAAUACAAGAGUAACCUGAUACCUUUGAAAACUUUGUCAUUUUCCGAUACUUAUAUAGAGGAAAUCCAGAAAAUCACCAGGUAGAUUUGUUAUUCUUCUUAAUAUUUAUGGUUCUGUAAAUUCCUGUCUUCUCUUAAAUUCUCAGUUUUGGGAAUGGGGUUUCUUGAGUGCUGUUUCCAUUGCUGGCAUUGGACUCACCAAGACCCACAAAAACACAAGGUAACUUACUUUUCCACAACAAUUGAAUGGAGGGAAAUGUUCUCCUUAAAAACUGGAUCUUCCUUUCUCUGAAGUAUGUACUGUGCUUUUCAGUUGCAUUCAGGAUACAAAGCUAAUGUACAUGGAACAAUAUGCCAGGUUAAACACUAACUAUCAGUAUACUCCAGAGGAAGCCUGUGGCUCCUUGUGUACUAUAAAACAUAUGUUUUUAACUUUUCAGAAAUGAAAAAUAGGAUCUACCACAACCAACACUAAAAAUAAUGUGCAGCCAGUUCUUUAAUGAGAUUUGCAAAGAAGGAUUGGAUUGUAUGCCUUCUCUCAGGCUGUAAUCCAUGAUUUCACUCCAGAGCAGUCACAUUGACUCUGGUUAGCUAAGGAAUAGCUUGGCUACUUGGUGGCUGCAGCUAAUGCUUUUUAAAUAAAACACUGCACGAUAAACUGUGUACUAUUUUUAAUUUGGAGAGUAAUUUUUAUAUUAAUUCCUUGUAUUCAGUUUUUAACUUUAAUUCAGGGUGUGUUAUUGAUCAAGUAUACUACUGUAUUUACUAAUUAUUUCGCUUUAUUUUUUUUUUAAAUACUCUGUACUUACUGCUAAAUUUAACUUGAUUUUU